GCCACUGCCUCCCCACUUCACCAGCACCUACCGUCUCUUUCUUCGGACCGCAUCUGCAGCCGUGCUUCACCAGCCUCGAGCAACCCGGAAUCUACGAAAACUAUGGAGAUUGACAUUCGAAGAUGCAGCGCGGGUCAUUCGUCGACUAGACAAUGACAAUCUACCUGUGAAGGAAGUGAACGAGCUUGAACUAUGGUUACGCACUUGGAAUUUGCGCAUUGACAAGUCGUUGGCUCUGUUGUUCACAUCCUCUGUGUCUCGUGGCCUCCCGCAUCAAGUGACGCGCAAUCUAUCUCUCUUGAGAAACCAUGAACAAUCGCGGAUAAACCUCCGUAGAGUCUCCAAGUGGAAACCCGAUCUCGAGGCCUCUGCUCGGGAAUAUGCGCCCGGUUUCCGUGACUCGGCAUACAUCCUGGGUCAACAACAGGCUGAAGAAGCCAAGACUGGGUUGCAUCUGCUUCAGCAGGUGGUGAGGAUGGCCGAAGGUCGUAACGGUAUCUCCUUCGGCAGGCUGUGGCUGGGACGUUCUCAGCACCAUUAGCGCCUGCGAUCAGGAGUCUGCUAUCAUUAGUGUCUUUCGGGUUGGUAUAAAGUACGAUGCCGCUGUUGCAUUUCAGUAUCGUUUCUCCAAUACAACACCUUCUCUGCCUAGCUGUGCUUCGCUUCGUUCCACUCCUUUUCUAACAAACUUUGAACGCGACACCUAAUGGUCUCUUCCAACCUCUACGCUCUUCGCAGCCAAGGUCGCAAAGACUCUUCUCUGAGUGAUCUCGCGACCGAUUUUCAUUUUGUUCUGGAAGACAGUUUUGAUUUCGACACUCGUACACCGUCUCCUCUGACUUUGACUUUCGACCUAUCGAAGACAGGGAUUUCCCCGUCUCCUCGGUCGCCUAUCAUUUGGUCUGACUUGAUCUGGUCCGAUUCAGAUUCGGAUCCUGAAUCCGAGGACGAGUCCAAUGCCCCAGACGAUGUGCAGUACAUCAAUGUCACUCCGACAAGCCCAUUCUACAUCCCUCAUUCGCCCUCUUCGCGUCGAACCGUGUUCGAUCUACCUGUUGCCGACGGCGAGUCCAUAGACGAAGACUACACAAGUAGCGCUGCUGCCUUGUUUCAUGCCGAGCUCAGCCGCAUCGGAUCGCCCGAGAUCCAGUGCAGCCUCUUCUUGAUGGACGGAGCCUGCUUGGAAGCUAUGGACGAUGUCCUGUUCUCCGCCCCGCUCCAGUCUCUUAUGGACCUGAGCACUCCAUUGCGGCGCUGGCCGACGGUGCUGGGUAUCACAGCCAUCGUGCUGGUCGGCUGGGCGGGAUUUCUCACCUAUGUGACCAACGAAACGAAAGUCACUUCGUCCGUGGUGAAGCAGAUUUUGCGCACAAUCAAGGCCGAAGCACCCUUGCAAGAGGUCUUGGGAUAUGCUAUCCGGCCACAGCCUGAAUGGUGGUUGAACGGGUACCCGAUCAUCCACGGCCAGGCAUGUUGUGUCGUAUUCCGCUUCCGUGGUCUGACGCCGUUUGCCUCAGAUCAACAUAUUGCAGGGCAACAUCGACGCUCUGGCACUGUUUACUUUACCAGUGUUAGGAAAGCCAAGGGUAUGCCAUAUGAAAUUUUACGCUUCAGAGUCAUUGCAGACGACGGACAAGUGAUUGAAGUUCAGACGGGGUUGGAACCAGAGGAGGAUAGCUAGAUACGAGCGCGUAAUCAAGAGGUCGAAAUAUACAUAUGAAAGAGAAAUCCUAUC